AUGCAGUCAUGCAUUGAAAAAGAAAAAAUCAAGAAAGCAAUAAGGCUUUUUAAAGAAGAUUGUCAGUAUGGAAUCGGUUCUCUGCUUUUACGAGAUUGGCCGGCGCCAGUGUCAGCAGAAAUUAAUAAGCAUGCACUGGACUCUCAGUUGAUAGAAUGCUUUACGUCGUCUGCAAUAUUGAUUUGGGAUAUUCUUCGUCAUUAUCCCGAAUUGAGUGAUCUUCUUCGAUGUCCUUUCUGUUUGGAUUCUGGUUUAGUUUGCAGUUUACGGCGAUCGGGAAUGUAUGCAGAUAAUACGUGGUCUCAAGCCGCAUAUCAUCCCCGAAUUAUAUACGACUGUAGCGACUCUUUGGUAUUGGUUUCCCACAUUUAUAUUUGUCCGAACAAUCACCAAAUUCCUGCACAUCAUCCAUCAGUUGUCUCGGCAAUACCAUCUUCAACAAACAAGAUCGGCAUGGAUACAGCUUAUAUAAGAUGUAGACAUUUGCAAGGAUUUGGACUUGAAGAAGUUGAAGUUCAGAAAGAUGGCAAUUGUUUUUUUACCACUGUGGCAUUCCAACUCAGCAAUUUAUUUUCAUCAAUAUCAAUUGAGGAAAACAUUAUAAGCCAUCUGCGUACGAUAGGUUUAACACGUGAUAUGGACUUGCAGCAGUUAUCGCAAUUGCUUAGGCUUUUACUCGUACAAGAAUGGAGGAGUGAUAGGUCACAAGAAUAUGGUAGAUUUAUACCCGAAAUAUAA